AUAUUUAUAUUUUAUAUUUCAGAAUAAAUAAAAAAUUAUUAAAUAAAUAUACUAUUAGAAAAAUAAAUAAGUAUAUAAAUAAAUAUAAAUAGAUUAAUGGCGUAAAACAACUUACCUAUUGUAUUUGAUGCAGGAACAGGUUAUAUUAAAAUUGGUUUUGGAGGUGAUAAUUUCCCAAUGUAUUCGAUUCCUGCAAUAUUAGGAAGACCAAUGCUUAGAUAUAAUUAAAAAAUAGAUGAUAUAGAAUUAAAAGAAAUAAUGGUAGGAGAUGAAGCUGCUCCUUAUUAAGCUAUGCUUGAAUUAAGUAAGCCUGUUGAAGAGGGAAUAGUCAAAAAUUGGGAUGAUAUGGAAAUCAUAUGGGAUUAUUGUUUUAAAAAAGUUAAAUAAAAUACAUAAGGAAGCACAAUUUUAAUGACUGAAGCUGUAUUAAAUCCUGAUGAAAAUAAAAAAAAUAUGGCUGAACUAUUAUUUGAAAAGUUUUAAUUUGGAAGAAUGUAAAUAGGCAUUUAAGCUUUAUUAAGUUUAUAUGCUGAGGGUUUAUAAACAGGAAUUUUACUAGAUGCAGGAGAUGGUGUUACUCAUUGUAUUCCAGUUUAUGAGAAUUUUAUUCUUGGUCAUUUAGUAUAAAGAAUGAAUAUAGCAGGAAGACAUUUAACUUAAUAUUUGGUUAAAUUAUUAUUCAGAAGGUAUAUAUAUAUAAAAAAAUAUAUAUAUAAAUAAAUAACAUAUAGAGGUUAUGCUUUUAACUCAACAGCUGAUUUUGAAUAAAUACGUACUUUAAAAGAAAAAUUAUGUUAUGUGAGUGGGGAUUUAGACGUAGAUAGAGAACUUGCUAAUGAAACUACUUGCUUGGAAAAAGAAUAUAAAUUCCCAGAUGGAACAUCAAUUAAAAUAGGAAGAGAAAGAUUUGAAGCUCCAGAAUUAUUAUUUAAUCCUUGUUUUGAUGGACAUAGUUUUGGUGGAGUACAUAAUAUGGUUUUCGAUGUAAUUUAAAAAUGCGAAAUAGAUUUAAGAUCAAAAAUGUAUUAAAAUAUAUUGAUUUCUGGCGGAACAACUACUUUUCCGGGAUUUCCUACUCGUUUAUAAAAUGAAGUUAUAAAAUUAUACAAAAAAGAAAUUCUUAAAAAUAAAUCAUACAAGGACAGCAAGAUAAAAGUUAAAGUUAUUGAUCCUCCUAAUAGAAUGUAUAAUGUAUUUAUUGGCGGAGCUGUUUUAGCUAAAAUUAUGUAAAACUAAGAUAGAUUUUGGGUAUCGAAAUAAGACUAUGACGAAAUAGGAAAAGAUAGAAUUAUUUCUAAAUUUUAGAGUUCAUCUUUAUAUUUUUGA